GGAUGGAAAGACGGUAUUGCCAAAGCACAAACUCUGUAUGCACAAGCCCGACAGAUGAGUUAUAUAGCUGAUGAAAGUGUGGACACCGACUAUAGCUUUGACUAUAAUUUAGAAAACGACUACCCCAGUCUACAACUAGUUCCUAGAUCACCCCUUGCAACUUCGUCGAGAGCCAGCCGGGUUUCCAGUCUUGCACACAGCCACAGCGGAUCGGUAGAAAUGAACGACCAAUCGUCUGUGUGCUCUAUGAAUAACCAGUCCCGAGGUGUUUCAAUGGAGAAUGAAAACAGAACUGGAUCGUUAUCCAGUGACGAGGGUGUUCAGCCCUUACCGCCAGACAGGAGUGACAGGAGUCCUGUCUCACAGAAAAACUCCUUCAAAAACCGCCUUUUUCCUAGGACCCCGAACACCCUCUCGGUUCAACCAUACACUAAUCUGGGCCAGAGCCUGCCGAACCUGACUUUAGGCUCGCCUAACGUCGGCAGCAUGAGCCUAAAUCUGAAUCAAAAUACCCUUUCGGUACCUGGCGGGAAAAACGGCAGUCAGCUUUUGAGUCCCACCCACAGAGGGAUCUCGUAUCCCCCGCCAUCACCAACGAGGGGAAAUUUGAGAAGGAGCUUGGCCAUAUCUCAGAGUAAGAAUCCGCCGUUGAUCAAGACGAGGCAAGUUAAUUCGACGUCGAGUGCCAGUCAGCAGUUCGACUUUGACGUUCCUGUAAUAGCAG